AUGACUGACAUUAUAGGUUAUGCUUAUGGAACAACUGUAUUUGCGGGUGGACUUGUAGGCUAUCUAAAAGCUGGGAGUACAGCUUCUCUUUUAGCUGGAGCAGUUUUCGGCGCUUUGGCAGCUCUCGGUGCCUAUCAGGUUUCUCAAGACCCAAAAAAUGUUACUUUAGCAUUGAUUGUUAGCCUUUUACUCUUUAUCGUAAUGGGUUCACGCUUCUACAAAGGACGUAAAUUUAUGCCAGCCGGACUUGUUACGUUGUUAAGUAUUUUCAUGGUCAUUCGAUACGCUUCUAAACUCAAUUAA